GGGAGCCGCGCGCGCCGGGGGCCGAGCUGGAAGCGGAGGAGGAGCGGCUGGAACGGGAGCACUUCCGGAGGAUCAUCAACGCCUUCCGCUACUACGGAACUAAUAUGCAUGAGCGAGUGAACAGAACAGAGAGACAGUUUAGAUCCCUCCCAGCCAACCAGCAGAACCUACUUCCUCAAUUUCUUCUUCACUUGGACAAGAUUCGGACAUGCAUUGAUCAUAAUCAGGAGAUACUACAGACUAUUGUGAAUGACUGCCCACAUAUGUUUGAAAAUAGAGAGUAUGCAGAAGAUCAGGGAAAUGGGAAGAUUAUGCCAGCUUCAACAUUUGACAUGGAUAAAUUAAAAUCUACUUUGAAACAGUUUGUAAGAGACUGGAGUGAAGAGGGGAAACCCGAGAGAGAUUCCUGUUACCAGCCAAUCAUUAGUGAAAUUAUAAAGAACUUUCCAAAAGAGAAAUGGGAUUUCUCCAAAGUUAAUAUCCUGGUACCUGGUGCUGGGCUAGGUAGAUUGGCCUGGGAAAUAGCUAUGCUCGGUUAUGCUUGCCAAGGAAAUGAAUGGAGUCUCUUUAUGCUCUUUUCUUCUAACUUUGUACUCAACAGAUGCUCUGAAAUUAAUUCCUAUAAACUUUAUCCCUGGAUUCAUCAGUUUAGCAAUAACCGAAGAUCUGCUGAUCAGAUACGACCAAUUAAUUUCCCUGAUGUUGACCCCCACAAUCUUCCUCCUGGUGCAAACUUUUCUAUGACUGCGGGGGAUUUUCAGGAAAUUUAUUCUGAGUGCAAUACAUGGGACUGUAUAGCUACCUGCUUCUUCAUAGACACAGCACAUAACGUUAUUGAUUACAUUGAUACAAUAUGGAAAAUACUCAAGCCUGGAGGAAUAUGGAUAAAUUUAGGUCCUCUCCUUUAUCACUUUGAAAAUUUGGCAAAUGAACUUUCUAUAGAGUUGAGUUAUGAGGAUAUAAAAAACGUUAUAUUACAAUAUGGAUUCCAUAUAGAGGUAGAGAGAGAAUCUGUUUUGUCCACGUACACUGUGAAUGAACUCUCCAUGAUGAAAUACUACUAUGAAUGUGUGUUGUUUGUAGUUAGGAAACCAGAAUAGCAGUGUUUCAAAGAGAUUAUUUGGAAAAAAUGUUGGAGUUAGUGCUAGAAUUGACAAAAUGGACUGUGGGUAAUGGCUGGACACAACCUCAAAUCAGUGGUGCCUUCUUAUUCCUAACAUAAUUUAGAUAGUGUCUAUUUUCUUAAUCUGUAUUGCUAUCCUGACGUACUAUGCCAUGCAUAUUUGUACUGCAGUAGUGAAAAUGGAGGGGAAAAUGUUCACAAUACACUGUCUUUGUGCUUUAAAAGUCAGAAGUCAUAAAAACCUCCCAUGGUUUCAGUGCGUCUGCCAUGAGUCUGUCCAUACAAGAUUGACUUUAUAUAUUCUGUCUGUUUUCUUUCAUUAAAUUCCAAUGGUUUUCAUUUUUUUUUCCUGUUGAUUUACAAAUAAUCAGAAGUUUGCAUAGUACAAACUCUGCCACUCUGAGAGAAGCAUUUCUAAACGAGCAAUUUAUUAUUUUUAAAAGGUGUGAAGUCUGGAGUUGUUGAAAAGUGGUAAAAUGCUUUGUGAAAGCUGUUCAUAGUGACCUUUAUAAAUUUUGAAACUAUUUUCUGUAGGAUUGAGAAAAGAAAUAAUAUAGAAUAGUUUAGGAGCUGUAAUUUUCUCAGCCCUUAGGUUCACCAGUCUGUUCAAAGCAACUAAUCUAUAGGCAAUUUGACAUACUGAUUGGUUAAAGCAGCUUGUCACAAUGGAGCCAUAGUAAAUAAGCUUCAAGCCAGAAGACCUGCCCUAAUGUGUGUCAGGCAUUUGGCCGACUAGAAGUUCAUUAGUUUAAUUUAUCUGCUGCUUAAGCCAACAUUAUUUUUUUAAGCAAUAUUUUUUUUUUGUUAGAGAUCAUAAACAACAGAAAAUGUUCCUUUUUUAAGGAAAGCAGUUGAACAUAAUUGAGACAGCUGUGCCACUGUUACCAUUAAUAUGAGCAUGGAAAAAACUGUAUAAAUCAUAUGCAUUUUUUAGCAAGAGCUUCUAUAUCUAUUCAACAUUUAUAGGUCAGUUGUUAGAUACUUGACUGGAACUUUAAGGCAAUUUACCCAUGCUACACUAAAUCUACCUCUAAUUUUGUUAUUUCUUUAUGUUAAAUUGCCUGGUAAUUUUAUACAGGAAAGCUUCUGUCACUUUUGAAGUUAUACAUAUGUUUUCAGUGAAAAAAAUAUUUAAAAAUAUCCUGUGUUUUUAAAGGAAUCAAAUUAGCUACUUAGUUUUCUUUACAUUGACAUCAUUAACUUAGCAACAUUGUCAUCCAUUUUUAAAAAUCCUUUAAAAUGAAAAAGGCAUUAUGGGGAACUGAGGCUUUUUCAGGGGGCUUUCUUGCUAAUGGCACUGGAAUAUAAUGUGAGGUUUUUUUUGUUUUUGUUUUUAACUCCAGAAGCAUAAUACGAGAAAAAUAUGCCCAGGGCAAGUGUGCCCAGGGCAGUGCUCUUAUUCUUUUUCCCACUAGGCAGUACAGAGGAACAACAGCGAGCAGCAUCAUGGAUGAUGUUCAUCAUGAAGUGUAAGGUGUUCUGGGAAUGACAGAUUUCCAGAAUGGCAGUGGAGGGAACUUUUACUCCUAUAUUUUUGCUGCCAAAGCCCAUAUCGAGAGGGCAAAAAUCUGCUGAUUUUGGUGGCAAAAUUGGGAUCAGUUCUCCCCCCAGCAGCAGCAAACUUCAUUGCUGAUAUUUUAAAACUAUGAUUCCCAGAACACUUGCUUUCUAUGACACAAGAUGCUCCAUGCUGCUGCAAUGCACAGCUGGGAAGUGUAAGUCCAGUGGGGUAGAGGAGUGAGGUGCUCUUCCCCUUAGGUGGUGCCUGGGUCACAUGCCCCACUAACCCACCCCACGUUAUGGUACUGUUAAACUCCAUUGCUUUCAUCUAACUGUGACCCCUUCUUCUGGAAUUUGCUUGGCUGCAUCCUUUGUAAGGCCAUUUCUAGCUUUAUCUUUUUUCAGUAAGGCAGGUAUAUCGUGCCUCUGGAUUUGCUUUAAUUUACCUGGGAAUUUUAAGUUAUGCUUUUUUGGUUUGGUUCUGUUUUGUGGAUUUAUUCUAUUUUUAUUAUUUGUAUUAUUAUUAUUAUUACAUAAACACUAUCUAGAAGCAGAAAGCCUAUAGACAUACUUUAAACUCUCAGGAUACCUGCCAAUGAGGAGUAUUAGACCAACAUUGUCUGUAAAAGUUUACUUGUCCAGAGCCUGGACGUUCUGUUUUUACUGAGAAAGUAUUAAGGACAUUUUUUUUUUUUUUUUUUUUUUUUUGCCUUCAAACAAACAAACAAAAAAAGGCUAAAAUUUGCCCAGCCACAAGUGACGUUUAUUGUAACCUGAUUUUUACUUCCUUGAAAUGAAACAAACUUUCUGAUUUUUAUAAAGCAACGGAUGGUUUCCUGUAGCUUUCAUUCCCUUGUGGUACAAUCUGCUCUAAUGCUUUUACUAUGAACUUCUCAUAGAAGAAAGAUACAUUUCAAUAAAAUCCUACUAAUAUUUUAAAAUCCCUUGAAAUAAGGCAUGGUCGGUAAAUACUGAUCGUAAAGUUCCUGAACACUUAGUUCUGUAAUACUGCCCAUUCUGCCUUGUCUCUUUCUUUUUAUUCAGUGGGCAUUUCUCCUGUAAAAGAGGUAUUCCCAUUUUUACAUGUGUAAAUUUGUACUAUCCUAGUGACUGAUGCACAAUUUAACUCUUGCUGAAUUUAGUCCCUAAAGAAUUUUUUCUCUUUCUCGGUUUUGUUUUCCGAUUCCCCAGACUUGUCAAAUGUGCCAUUUUUCACUAAGCCCCUUUUGGGAAACAUCAGUGUUCUUCACUCUAAAUACCUGUUAGAUAUACAAUAGUAUGCCGUUUUACUUUCAGUUUAGGGAAUAUCAAUUCAAAUACAUGUUUCCAUAAACUUUCCUUUCAGAAAUAUAGGAGUUGGAGGCAAUGUUAUCUUCCAGAUAAAUCAUAUGAAUUGGUGAUCCUCCAUCUCUAUUCAAAUGUACUAAUUUUUAAGAUGAUCUUUUGUACAUUAAUGGACAGGGAUAAUUGUGUAUUAUUCAGUGUGUCUUAAUUCUUCUCUUUCUCAAUGUUGUAUUCACAGGGAAAAUUAGUAUAAUGAACAGCUGAAACCAGGACAACUUAAGUCAUUAUUGAGUUGUAUAUGGUAUUGAGUGUGCAAAAUUAUAAAAAUGAGACGCUGCAUAAUCUGCUAUGUAACACUUCUUUAUAUGGAGUAAGUUUGACAAAUGUAGUGUCCUGUAUUUUUAUUUAUAUGUAUCUAAAAUCAGUUACAAAGAACUGAAUUGGAAACUUCAUGUAUCUGCAUGAUUUUUCCUCUAUUUUUAAUGUGUAUAAUAACUUGAUUUUUCUUGAAAUAUUAAAGUUUGC